AUGGCCGAUCAAUUCAAAGCGCGAACCUUGAAGCGUAAAAACGUCAAGGGUCUUGCCCUGAACGCAGCUCCGAAGUCUACGUCGACUUUGUCUAAUGGCGAUUCUCAGGUUCCCGGCGCCGCUGGCAACGGCGAAAGCAACCGCACUGAUACCCUGGAGAUUGGUUUGGAGUUCAGGUUGGAUUUGCGCAGCGAGGACCUGAUUACCCUGAAAGAACUCGGUGCCGGAAAUGGAGGGACGGUCUCUAAAGUCAUGCAUGCUUCGACCAAGGUCGUCAUGGCUCGGAAGAUUAUUAGGGUCGACGCAAAAGAAAACGUCAGGAAGCAGAUUCUGCGGGAGCUUCAGGUGGGUCACGAUUGCAACUCUCCAAACAUAGUGACCUUCUAUGGAGCGUUUCAAAACGAAGCAAGAGAUAUUGUGUUGUGCAUGGAAUAUAUGGAUUGUGGUUCACUUGAUCGGAUUUCCAAAGACUUCGGGCCCAUCCGUGUGGAUGUUUUGGGAAAAAUCACAGAGUCGAUUCUGGCGGGCCUUGUCUAUCUUUAUGAAGCCCAUCGUAUCAUGCAUCGCGAUAUAAAACCAUCCAAUGUCCUUGUGAACUCUCGAGGCAACAUCAAGCUGUGCGACUUUGGAGUCGCAACUGAAACAGUCAACUCUAUUGCGGACACGUUUGUUGGCACUUCAACUUACAUGGCCCCCGAACGUAUUCAAGGCGGUGCCUAUACUGUUCGCUCGGAUGUUUGGAGUGUAGGUUUGACAGUCAUGGAAUUGGCUGUCGGCAGGUUUCCUUUCGAUACGACAGAUUCCGCUGCUGGAGACCGAGCCAGCGCGGGACCCAUGGGUAUUCUGGAUCUUCUCCAGCAGAUUGUCCACGAACCCGCUCCCAAACUGCCAAGGAGUGACGCCUUCCCGCCGGUUCUGCAUGAGUUUGUCGCAAAAUGUCUACUCAAAAAAUCUGAGGAACGACCGACGCCCCUUGAGCUAUAUGAGAAGGACGCAUUCCUUGCUGCCGCCAAACGGACCCCAGUCGACCUCCAAGAGUGGGCUAUCAGCAUGAUGGAGCGACAUAACCGGAAGUCUUACUUAGCACCCCCAGCGCCGAAAUCACUCAAGGAGACAAGAGAGUCUCCAUCGCCUGCCCAAGCCCCAUCGCCCGUCCAAAAACACGGUACCAGCAGGCCAUCCCGCGGCACAACCGGGGAAAUUCCUCUCAAUGUAGCUCGCGACAGCUCCUCGCAUCAACGGCAACAUGCACCCCAGAGCCAAUCGCACUUUUCUUCGAAUCCGUCGCAUUAUUCUUCGAACUCAUCUCAUUACUCUUCGCGUUCGUCCCGCUCCUCACCACCAAUCUCAUUGGAGCACCUCUCUCUUGAGUCCAAACAAGAUGAGCACCGACCUACUCGUCGUCCCUCCCGAACCCCCCUAGGCGACUCGAGCUCUAGCUUAGAUCAGUCCCUACGACCUUCUAUAGGCUCUCGUUCAGCUAGCUCGCAUAACACCAACUCGCGAAUGCCGCUACAGAGCACGGCCCUGCCUUUCCGUGUUGCACCUACGCCUGGUGGAUAUCCCACCCCCAACUCAACAUCCUGGCAGCGGCGCGGCGACCAUAUGGGGGCCCUCUAAACUAUUCAUGGGCCCCUUCCAUAGUUCGCUUUCUUCGAAUUACCAGCUAAAUUCUUGACGGGCCACCGUGUUUCUGAUGACUUGCAUCGGCAGGGCGUAAUCGUUCUUCACCAUUUGUGUUUACUCCCUUUUCAUGCAUCUUUUCUUUCUUAAUCCGGUCUCUUCUCCUUUCCUCCUUUCUUUUCUAUUUUUUAACAUUGGCUGUACACCUUGGGAGUCGGCUCAUGGUUGAACACUUCAUCGUCAUCUCAUUGUAUCUCGAGGCUGGAACUCUUGCAUCUGUCUUAUUCUGGAUCUGCAUCCCUGAACCACGUUGGCUAGUUUAUGCAAUCAAAUCCAGCGAAGAAUGCACGUCACUGC